AUGUGGUUCAAAUUUAUUUGUUUGCUCUCCUGUCUGUUGGUUGUGAUUAAUGCAAAUUCAUCGAAAAACAAUAACUUUAUUGAUAUAUCAAAUGACAGUGACUUGGAAUCGGCGGCUUCUGAUCUUUCUGUGGCCGAGACAAAGAUGGUCGCCGGUGGAAAGGCAGGCGCGGCAGUGGCUAAAGCGGCCGGAAAAAAGGGAGGCGCGGCUGCAGCUAAAGCGGGCAAGAAAGCCGGUGUAGCUGCCGGUGCCAAAGGAUUUAAAAAGGGAGCAUUUGCUGCGGGUAAAGCUGCCGGAGCUGCAGGAAUUAAAAAAGGAAAAAAGGGUGGUGCCUUUGGAGCUGCCGGUAAAAAAUUCAAAAAGUUUGGCAAAAAGGGUGCAUUCGGUAAAAUGGGUGCCGCCGGGUAUAACAAAAAGUUUGGUGCCGUCAAAAAGUUCGGUAUGGCUCAGGGAUUCAAGUUCGGUAAAGUUGGCGGUAAAUUUGCUGCCGGAGGCGCUGCUGGUGCUGCAGGCAAAAAGGGCGGCAAAUUUGGAGCCGCAGGUCUCGCAGGUUUCAAAAAGGGAGCUAAAGCCGGAAAGAAGGGAGCGGCAGCAGCGGGAGGAGCCAAGGGGGUCAAGAAAGGGUUUGCUGCCGGCAAAGCAGUCGCCAAGAAAGGAGGCGCCGCUGGAGUUAAAUUUGCGGCCAAAAAGGGCGUCGCAAAGGCUGGUAAAGGAAUCGGUCGUUAA